AUGCCUGAGGCCUCCGAUACCCGCAAGUCCGUGCUGAUCACCGGGUGUUCUCCCGGUGGUAUUGGGAACUCAUUAGCGCGUGAAUUUCAUCGACAUGGACUACGCGUGCUGGCCACAGCCCGAAAGACUGAGAAUAUCGCGGACUUGGCGGGACUCGGCAUUGAGACCCUGAGUCUGGUCGUAGAUGACCCAGAGAGUGUCCGAGCAUGCUUUACCGACAUCGAAGCUCGGCUAGGAGAGAAAGGCCUGGACUAUCUGGUGAACAACGCAGGACGAAAUUAUACGGUUCCUGCCAUGGAAGUUGAUCUGGCCGAGGCUCGCCUCACGUUCGAAACCAAUCUGUUCGCUGUCAUCACCAUGUGCCAAACAUUUGUGCCGCUUCUCAUCAAAGCUCAGGGCACCAUUGUUCAAAUUGGAUCGAUCGCCGGAAUCAUCCCUUAUGUGUUUGGAUCAGUCUACAAUGCCUCCAAGGCAGCCCUCCACUCGUUUAGUGAUACCCUCCGGGUCGAGCUCGCACCAUAUGGUGUCAAGGUGACCACGGUAGUCACGGGAGGAGUACAGUCCCGCAUUGCGCGGACUGAACGCACCUUGAAGCCGAAUUCGCUCUACACGCCAAUUGAGGAGGAAUAUACUCGGCGGGUCACCCAUAGUCAGCAUAAUGCGAUGCCUCAUGAGGCCUACGCUUCGAGCGUGGUGAAGCAAGUGCUCUAUGGGUCGGCUCCAUGGCGCUGGCUCUGGCCCUGGGCCCAUGGCCGCAAAACUUGGAUCUGGGAAGGCCACCGCAGCUGGUUGAUCUGGUUCCUAUCCGCAGGAUGGGCGUGGAAUGGGCUAUUUGGUUCAGCCCUGGCGAGAAUGUUCAAGCUUUGGAAAAUCAAGGCGGCAUUGAAGAAUCAUUCGAGCCAGCAGAUCCAGAACGACCCAGAGCAAAGAAACCGAGGGCAACCGCAGGAUAUACAGUAA